UGAAUAGAAUUCCUAUCGAUAAUCCAACCGCACGAACGAAACUUCAAACCUCAUGUCCGAUUUUUAAAGAACGUUCACCAAUUUUUUCGUCCGAUGAAUUGGCUACACUGACGAAAACAUGGAACCCGAGAUGUAGGCCGUCAUAGGUGCAAAAAACAGUGCUUUGCUACAGUUAGGUUAUAUUCAAUGAAAUAAUUUUUUUUAAUCAAAUAUAUCGCUCCGUUAUUGCCGGCUCGACAAGGGGACGAGCACCGAUAGUAGUUACAACAUGCGACAAUGAAGAGAUUCAACGAAUUUCUCGCGACCUGCGUCGUGUUGCAACUACUGUGCCAUGUAUGCACUACACACUUGCUCAUAAACGUCAAAAAUCAGGGUGGUGACAUCCUUCUGGAAACAAUCUCAUCUAACGUCACAGAGGAUGUGAUUACUCUAGAAUUCCAGCGUUCCGACGGUACCUUGGUUACACAACUCAUUGAUUUCAAAAAUGAAGUUCAAGUUAUAAAGGCUUUGGUGCUUGGUGAAGAGGAACGUGGACAAAACCAAUAUCAAGUCAUGUGUUUUGUGAAUCACUUUUACAAGGUAGACUUUAUAUCGUCUGACGCAAUGUCCAAAUUACGUCAGAAAAAUCCGGGUACUGUGCGUGUAGCUGAAGAGGACAGAGGUCAUGUCAACUAUACAAUGGACCUGUUCCUGGAUGUUUCUCAGUCUAAGGAAAUCUCAAAGCAUGUUACCACACUUUGCAGUGAAGCUGCUGGAUCAGCUUACACCAGAAAUGAUGAUAUUAAACAAUGGAUUCAAAGGCCAGGCUCCUCUGAAGAAUUACUUUUGGCUGCUGUAUAUAACUUCACGACUAUGCCGCAAACAGGCACGAACGAUACGAGGUCUUUACUGGUUUCUAAAUGUGCUGACACAUCCAAUCUCUGGGCACCUUGUACGUGUUCCCUGGAAUUAUGUAUCGGUUGGUAUCCGUGCGGUCUAAAGUUCUGCAAAGGAAAGUCUGAUGGCAAAAAGAUAGCUAGCACUUAUCGAUGCGGUAUAAAGACUUGUAAAAAAUGUUUCAUAUUCUCAUAUUACUCCAAGAUGAAACAAAACUGUCUGUGGGACGAAUGACAUAUAAGGACAUUAUAGAUUAAAAUUUCAAAGAAUAAGCUGAAAAUACUGAGACAACACGCUGCACUAAGAUAGACCAAAAGUAUUCGAAUGAUGAGUGAAUUAAUUAUAUUACGAUUUAUUUCAAAGGCUCAAAGAACAAUCCAAAAAAGUAUUCUAUAACAUUAAAAUGUGAAGAAACGUGAGAAUGGAUAGAGCGAAACGAAAUUUUUAACAUUUU